GGAGAAAAGAAGUGCAAUUUAUAGUGUGGCUUGACAUUUAAAUCAGAAGUUUCAUCUAAACACACCUGCCCAAUAGAAGGGUGAAUGACCUGUGGAAACCUCUGGACCCAGGAGGCUGGGCUGCAACUUUGGGAUGACUUGGAGCGCAGUCCACCAGGAGGAAAAUGCGUCCUGCGUGGGGUCCUGACACCUGCAGAUGGGGCUUUGCCAUGAUUUCUUCUGGAUGUUUCUGUAAUGAGGAAUGCAGUGGUGUCCUUUGAAAGAAGAGGAUGCCAUUCCCCGUGUGAGGGCAAUGGACGCUCAUGGAGGAAGACCACCGGAUCCAGAGGGAGAGCGACCAGGAGAGGGUACCAGCGUGAGCCAGCGCAGCGGUCGGCCUCCUGAUGUGGGCGGUGCUGAAUCUGUAGGUAACACAGAUGCCAAAUUGCUAAGACAACUGCAAGCUCAAGAAAAAGCCCGACAAGCUGCACAAAUAAAGCUUUUGAGAAAACUCCAAAAGCAGGAACAGGCUCGCAUUGCCAAAGAAGCUAAAAAACAACAAGCAAUAAUGGCUGCUGAGGAGAAGCGACAGCAAAAAGAGCAGAUAAAGAUUAUGAAACAACAGGUAUGUUCAUGCACUGAACUGGCUAAAAGGAUAAAGAAGGAAGAAGCUGCAAAUGCCAAAUUAUUGGAGGCUGAGAAACGAAAACAGCCCUGCUGCUCCUGCUGGGCUGAGAACCGGCUCGAGGAAUGGGGUCGGCUCCGGGGCCGGACUGGCAGAGGCUGCGGCCGCCAGGACCGAAGACCAUGGCAGAGAAGAGCAACAGAGUACAGAAGGGAGCUCUUUGUUGCGUCUCACUCUUUACGUUCGAUGAUGUUUGGCCAGGAUCGUUACAGACGUCAGUACUGGAUUUUUCCCCAGUGUGGGGGGAUUUUUGUAGAAGGCAUGGAGAGCUCUGCAGGGCCGGAAGAAAUUGCAAAAGAAAGAAAAAAACUAAGAAAAGCAGAAAGCAUCCAGAUCAAAGAAAUAUUUGAUACUUCUGACGACACUUUAAAUUGUUCAAAUCCAGAUCAUUGUAAGCAAAAGGAAGAUCCUAACGAACAAGAUAACACAAAUCUCAUUCUUCAGAAACCUGGCUCUUUUUCCAAAUUAAGCAAGCUUUUAGAAGUAGCUAAGGUGCCUCCUGAGUCAGAUGUAACGGCCCCCAAACCAAACAGCGGUGCAGAUGGGUGCGCACUGCCUCACCAGAACAGUGGGAGACACUCACCGGGCAGCAUGCAGCCAACGGUGACACAGAACAGCAUGGAAAAGACACACUCGAAUCUGUUCAGUCCUGGUUCAGGUGGUGCAGGCAAGGUCUACAGUCCUCUCCCCAGUGACCAGUUUAAAACACUCACUGAAAAGACUAGCCUUUUGCCAAGAACACCUUGGGAGGACACUUCCCUUACCCAUGCCGAUGCGCCAGCUGCCGCUUCACCAACUCCUCAGGCCCAGCCGCCCUCUAAGUCACCUUCGCCUGGCCCAGCUCCUCUUCUUGGAUCAUCUCCUCAAAAUCCUGUUGGCCUAAACCCGUUUGCUUUAUCGGCUCUUCAGAUGAAAAGUGGAGUACCUGUGAUGGGACUCCAGUUUUGUGGGUGGCCAACGGGCGUGCUUAAUUCCAGUAUUCCAUUCCUACCACCUGUCCCUAGUGUGGGAUCAGGGUUGGGACUGUCAGAAGGAAACACUGAUAUGUUCUUGACUCCCAGUGUUGGGUCAAACGAAAGUGAGCCUCCAGUACCACAGAAGGAAAAAGUCUCUUCGACUCAACCUGCGGCUCUUGAAGUAGCCAAAGCAGUAAAUUAUCCUCGUUCAAAGCCUAUUCCAGAAGGUGGGUACCUUGAGAGGGUUUGCUGUAGCCACUUACUUUAUUGUAUUGUUACAGAUCUCUAUAUUAUAGCUGAAUCUUUUAUGCUUUUUUUAUAA